AUGAAGACGGCAACCUCAACAGACAAUAUAAUUCCAACUUCUCCUAUUGAUUCCUUACUCAUUAAUAAGAAUAUCUUGCCAGAUAACAUACAAGGUUUAAAACAUAUCAUUAAUAAUGUCUCCUUGAAGAGACCUGCUCUUAAAACUGUCGAUUCACAUCAAGAUAUAAAUAAUAUUGAAACAAUGCCAAUUGAUUGUUUGGAAAACUAUUUAAAAGAUUUAAAUCGUUUAAUCAAAUUACAACAGAAAUUAUAUUAUCAAAAUUUACAGACCCCUCGAUUGCUAGGACCAAAGCAUUUUAAACAUUUAAAGUUCCCUGAUGAUAUGAUAAAUUUACGAAAGAUUUCCUAUAAUUUGGAAAAAAUAGUGUCAUACCGCAAACUAAUAGAUAAAGAAGACGGAAAUGCCAGAUCUCAUGAUUACAUCAAUGAUAUUUCACAGUAUUCAUCUGUGUUGGAUCAACAAAAAUUGAUUUCUAUUGCUAAACAGGAAAAUUUGGAUAAACUAAAUGAGGAAGAUGCCACUUUGUUGAUUGCAAAUAUCCAUGGGAUUGAUUCGAGCCUUGUAAGGGAUCUAAAAUGUAAUAAUUUGUAUAUUAAUGGGAAGAUUCACUUUGAUCCAGAUUAUAUAAAUAUGAGUGAACUCAAAUCAAUUUGUAGAAAAAUAGAUAAACCUUUAUUGAGAGAGAAAAGCAAUAAUCUAUCAUGGCCUUCUAGAAUGAGGAAAAAGAAACAUAAAUCCAAAAAUAGCGACAAUAAUGAAGAAAAUAAUACAAACAUAGAUACAGACAUUAAAGAAAAGCAUCCUUCAUAUAAAUUUCAUAAUAUUCCAUUAUUUAACUCCAUUUAA